AUGUUUAGAAUAAGACGUUCUAACUGGAAAACUUUACAUGAUUCUACUUACCUUCUCUUACAACAAAAAAACAUUUCACAACAAAAUAAUUCAAGAAAUGUUCCAGAAUAUAGAAUAAUCACUAAAAGUUUUCCACAUUACAGAAUCGCUGGUAAUGAUGAUCUAAAUCAAAUUCGAUUAGAAUUUGAUUCAUUACUUCAUGAUAUAGAGCAUGAAAUGGAGGGUAAAAUCACAUCAAAAAAAAUACUUAAACAUGUAAAAGAUUGGUCAAGGGGUGAAAAUAAUUCUUUUGAAGAUGAUGGUGGAUACGCAACAGAUGCUUCUAUAUCACCAGAAGAUGGAAAUACAUCAGCAAAUGAAGAUUAUAAUGAUCCAUAUCUCUUGGCACCUCAUGAAAUUGUUAAUUCUUCCUCCUCUUCAACAAAGUCUGAAAAAGGAAAUGUUAAUGAUGAUGAUAUUGUUGUCAAUAAUGAUAAUAACGACGACAAAAAUAACAAUACCGACAAAAAUAAAAAUAAAAAAAAUAAAAAAGGCAAGAAUAAAACCAGAGAAAACGAUAGUCAUCAACAGUCAUCACAAAUUACACCAUCACAUGAUCAAUUAGAUUUUACAAUUAAUCAACAUAGUAGCAAUUCAAACUCAAAUUCUGAUUAUUCAGAUGGUGAAGAAGAUCAAAAUAACAACAAUGUGUCUAUUGGUAAUAUUGCUCCACUAGAGGAAUUGUUAACAAUUGGUACAUCUAUGCUUGACUCAUUCAUGAAUUGGAUAGAAGGUCCACCAAUAACUGAUAGAAAAGUUAGCAGUAAUGUGGCUUCUUUACCACCAAAAAAUACCAAUAAUAAUCCCAACUCAUCAAAUAAUAAAAAUCAAACAAUACUUGAUAUCCCAAUGCAAUUCAUUGAUUUGUUAACUUAUCCCGAUAUUGAUCCAAAAGCAUCAAAACCUUCUUUUGCAGCAACUUCAUAUACUGCUGUGAUGACAAAAUCGUCUUCACAAGAUGCAAUUCAAAGUGGUAGUAUGAGUGAUACUUCUUAUGGUGGGAAUGUGCCAACAAAAUUUCCACCAAAGCGUGGAGGAUUUUUUCACUCGCCAUUGCCACCGCCUAUAUUAAAUAGUAGUUCAAAUGUUGAUUUAGUUGGAUCAUCGUCAUUAUAUACAAAUAGUACAGCAUCGUCAUCGUCAACAGCAAUAACAAAUCAAUCAAAUACACUGAUACCUACAUCACCAACAAUCAUUGGUUCUUUAAAUGAUUCAUCAUCAACAACAAAUUCAACGACGAAUAAUGCAUCAUUAGAAAAAUCAACAUCUAAAAGAAAAUUCUUUACAAAACGUAACAUCGUCGUUGCUACUACUCCAACAACCGAUACAAAUAAAUCCCCUCAUAAUAGUCAUCACCACCAUUAUAACAACAUUACAACAAUUUCCUCGAAUAUUAAUAACCCAAGUAAUGAACUACCUGAAAUAAAACCAUCCGCAAAUGAUCUUAUGGAAGUAAUUAAUGUAGUAGAUGAACACUUAAACCACAAUAAAUUUGCUUUUAAGAACAGUAAUUAUAAUGGUAAUAUCUACGAUCAUGAUGACAGGAUUCCAGCUUCUAAUUAA